CACACACACACACACACACACACACACACACACACACAGUGGUGGAGGGACGAGCACGCCGGGGGACCCGCGACGCUCCACGAUUAAACAUCCUACGCUCAACCUGCAGGAAUGUCCCUCAGACGUCGCCUCGUCCCACGCAGACACGCGUGAAGUGAGGGCGAGACGCACCACGACACGAAAUACCACAGAAAAUCAAACGAGUGCCGGUGAAGCGUGAGAGCCACAGAGGGAGAUGGGAGCGAGCUCAGUCGACUGUGACCGGGACAGACCGGUCUCAUCGCUGCAGCCUGUAUGUAAAGCAGGUGGACUCCCACCGUGUGUGAGAGGUGUGUGUGUGUGUGUGUGUGUGUGGUGGAUUUCAUUUUCAGAAGCGACUGAAGAGAGAGCCGCAGUAAAUACCUUAACCCAUGGGCCUGAAACAUUCCCUGCCCAAGCUGUUCCCGGGGGACAUCGUGGAGUAUCCCAGGAACAAGUACUUUUCCCAUUUCGCGGUGUACUACGGAGAGAAGGACGGCGUCCCCUACGUGGCUCACCUGACAUGUCGAGAUUCAGACGCCAAGCUGCCGCUCUUUGGCCGAGCUCUGAGGUCAGAGGUCAAACUGGACCCGCUGGAGCUGCUGGGAGACAAAUACAAGGUCAGCAACAUGCUGGACGACUCGUUCCCGGCCAGAGACUUCCAGGCCGUGGUGAAGCCGGCCAUCGACGACAUGAUGGGCCGCGAGGUGACCUUCGACAUCCUGUUUCACAACAGCGAGCACCAGGCCACGCUCUUCAGAUACGGCGUCAAGAAGUCUGAGCAGAUAGAGACAAUUUACAAAUUCAUCAUGCCGACCUGGAAGAAGCUGUUUGAGAACAAGAAACUGUGAGAACCGGUUUUAUGCUCAGUUCUCAUCGCCACCAACCGGACGGCGGCGUUGUUCCCCCGCGCAAAUGGAAGAUUGUUGAGGCUGAAGUCAUGAUGUUGCUACUGUGAGGUUGUGAUUUAGACCAGAAAACAGGACGAAUUUGUCCGUUUAUGAGAAAUGUUGACUGCGUGGAUUAGAUGAACCUUCACGCGCACAACUUCAUUCUCUAAACAUCCCCGCUUUUCUCUUACGAUACUUAGAUCUCGUUCCCAGAAUCCCCGAGUCCCAGAACCCACUUGGUCUUACAUUUGUCUUGAUCAUUAGUAGUAACAUUCAUUACAGAGCGUCUGUGUUGUGAGUUGUUGUAACAUAAAAUAGAACGAACUGCUUAAAUCCUUCUCGAUUGCUUUCAAACCUUUUCUUGAUAUUAACUGAACAUCCGGGGUUUUUUUUUCUAAAUAUAAAACUUAAUUUAGAGACAAGAAACUGAAAUGUUUGAAUGUGGGGUUGACGCAGUGGAGUACCGGUGCCACUGGUACGGAAGGAAAUCAAAUAUAUUGAGAACAAGUCACAUUAUUAACGUGAAAAAGUCGGAAUACUCUGAGAUAAAGUCCCAAUUUACCAGACGAGUCACUGAAGUUGUCAUUUUAAGAAAGAUGUUCCAAAUAUUCGAAGAUGAUUCUAUUAUUGUGAGAUUUUCUACCUAUUACUUUAGACCCUUUAUCAUAAAGCUGCGACCUGCCUCCGGAUUUUUUUUUUCUCAAAAUAUUAUUAUUCUACCUUUUUCUCGGGAAAUCUCCAGUUUUCACUGAUUACUUUAUAUAUUAAAAGCUUCAGCCCAAAUUCCCAGACAAUCUCUGCCAUCAGGACCGAGGCUUAGCACCAGGGACAUUCCAGCGUCUGUUCAUCCGGCUUGAAAACGUCUCUAAAAAUCCGAAGAUAAUCUUGUGUAACGCUUUAUUUUAAUGGGUCAUAAUUUCAUUGACAACUCUCUAGAAAGUUUCCUGGAAGAAUCUGUGCAAUUUAGAUUUCAGGUAAAAUGACUUCUCCCUUUAAAACCGAAGCAAAUAUUCCUUCGUUCUUUCAUAUAUGUUGAAUUGUUUGCUGCAGUAGCAGUGAAGUGGAAUUAAUUCAUUGGAAAUGUACUAUUUGAAUUGUUUUUUUGUGCUGAAACGCACCUG